AUGCGGCGCGGUCGGCGGCCGGGGCAGGGGCAGUCGGUGCUCAGCCGCUUCUUCCGCCCGGCGGCGACGCAGAGCGGGCAGGAGCCGCUGGGGGGCGGGAGUUCUGAAUCUGAUGGAAAAAAGAGACGAGCACCUCCAAAUAAUGAACUUAGCAAAAAGAGAUCAAAGUCCAUACAAAAAAAUAGUGAGGAAGGUGGUAGUUCUGUGAAGAUUCUGGAUGUUGAAGAGCCUAAAAAAUGCGAUGGGUCCCGCUUAUGUCUGAAAACACUUGACAAGCUCAGAGAAUUCUCCAGUGAUUCAGGGCAGUCACAUACAAGAAGCCAAGUACUUUCGUUUCAAGGGAGCCAAUCUGCGGGAUUGGAAAAAUGUCCCAGUAUUGCAGAAAGAACUUUGGAAACAAAUAGCUCUCUUCAUUCUGAGGAGACUGGUUCACAGAUCAGUCGGAAGGAAGAGCCGUGCUUUGACCUUAAUCAGUUUUCAGCAUCGCAUAAGAGUUAUGAAAAACCUCAAAAUACUUCUGAUACAAAUAUUAAUAAAAGAACUAAAACUGUUUACACUCCACUGGAACUUCAAGUCAUAGAACUGAAGAAACAGUAUAAGGAUGCUAUUUUGUGUGUGGAAUGUGGGUACAAGUAUCGUUUCUUUGGAGAAGAUGCAGAGAUUGCUGCUAAGGAGCUAAAUAUUUUCUGUCAUCUGGAUCACAACUUCAUGACUGCUAGCAUACCAACCUUCAGGCUGUUUGUGCAUGUGCGGCGACUUGUAGCAAAAGGACAUAAGGUGGGAGUUGUGAAACAAACGGAGACUGCUGCACUGAAGGCUGUUGGAGAAAACAAAAGCUCCCUCUUUAGCAGAAAGCUGACUGCUCUCUAUACCAAAUCUACACUGAUUGGAGAAGAUGUGAACCCCUUGCUGAAGCUAGAUGAUCCUGCAGAUGUUGAAGAAAUAACAUCUGAUGUCACAGAUAACUAUCUACUUUGUAUCUGUGAAAAUGAAGAAAACUCGAGAGAGAAAAAGAAAGGGGAUGCUGUUAUUGGCAUUGUGGCCAUCCAGCCCACUACUGGGGAGGUAUUUUUUGACAGUUUCCAGGACUCUGCAUCUCGCUUAGAGUUAGAGUCUCGAGUUUUGCGCCUCCAGCCAGUUGAACUACUGCUUCCAUCAAACUUGUCAGAUCAAUCUGAAAGGCUCCUCAAGAGUUUAACCUCUUUAAGUUUACAUGAUGACCGAAUUCGAAUAGAAAGAAUGCAAAACAUUCAUUUUGAAUACAGCCAUGCUUUCCAGCUGAUUACUGAUUUUUAUGCAAGAGAAGCGCUUGACAUCACAGGGUCUCAAAAGCUGUCUGUAAUCCUGAACUUGGCUAAGCCUGUGAUUUGCUCUUUGGCAGCAAUAAUUACAUACCUCAAAGAAUUCAACUUGGAAAAGAUUCUUAACAAUCCUAGUAAUUUUAAACAGCUGUCAAGUGAAGCUGAAUACAUGAAACUUAAUGCAACAACACUGAAAAAUCUGGAAAUUUUACAGAAUCAGACUGACCUGAAAACAAAAGGCAGUUUAUUUUGGGUCUUGGAUCAUACCAAAACUUGCUUUGGACGUCGGAAAUUAAAGAAAUGGGUGACACAACCUCUCAUGAAAUCCAGUGAAAUAAAUGCCAGACUGGAUGCUGUCUCUGAAAUUCUCCUGUCAGAAUCCAGUGUAUUUGGUCAGAUUCAAAAUCAUCUGUGUAAGAUGCCAGACGUAGAGAGGGGACUGUGUAGUAUUUAUCACAAAAAGUGUUCUACCCAAGAGUUCUUCUUGAUAGUCAGCACUCUGUCUCGUGUAGAGGCAGAAAUUGAAGCACUGGUUCCAGCCAUACGCUCCCAUGUGAAAGCUCCCUUACUGCAGAAUGCCCUGUUGGAAAUCCCUGAACUGCUCCACCCAAUGAAAAAAUAUUUAAAGAUCCUUAAUGAAGAAGCAGCCAAAACUGGAGAUAAAACCCAAUUGUUCAAGGACCUUACAGACUUUCCUACCAUCAGGAAGAGAAAGGAGGAGAUCCAGGAUGUACUGUCCCAGAUCCAGUUACAUCUGCAAGAAAUACGUAGAUUAAUAAAGAAUGCUUCUGCAGAUUAUGUUACAGUAUCAGGACAGGAGUUUUUGAUAGAAUUCAAGAAUUCCCUUAUAUCUUCUGUACCUUCUGAUUGGGUUAAGGUUAGCAGCACAAAAGCUGUCAGCCGUUUCCACACUCCUUUUAUUAUAGAAAAUUACAGACAUCUGAAUCAGCUCCGGGAGCAGCUAGUCCUUGACUGCAGUGCUGAAUGGCUAAUUUUUUUAGAUUCUUUUAGUGAGCAUUAUCACUCCAUGGCUAAAGCGGUUGAUCACCUGGCAGCUGUUGACUGCAUUUUCUCAUUGGCUAAGAUGGCCAAACAAGGAGACUAUUGCAGACCCAUUGUACAAGAUAAACGGAGAGAAAUAAUUAUAAAAAAUGGCAGACACCCAGUGAUUGAUGUGCUACUGGGAGAACAAGAUCAGUAUGUUCCAAACAGCACCAACCUAUCAGGAGAUGGUGAAAACGUCAUGAUUAUUACAGGACCCAACAUGGGUGGAAAGAGCUCCUACAUAAAGCAAGUUGCACUGAUUACGGUCAUGGCGCAGAUUGGUUCUUAUGUUCCUGCAGAGGAAUCUGCAGUCGGCAUUGUGGAUGGUAUUUUUACCAGAAUGGGUGCUGCAGACAAUAUAUAUAAAGGCCGGAGUACUUUCAUGGAGGAACUGACAGAUACAGCAGAGAUAAUAAGAAAAGCAACUUCAAGGUCACUGGUAAUUUUGGAUGAACUUGGGAGAGGAACAAGUACACAUGAUGGAAUUGCAAUUGCUCAUGCCACACUUGAAUAUUUUAUUAGAGAUGUGGAAUCAUUGACGCUGUUUGUCACCCAUUAUCCCUCAGUUUGUGAACUAGAAAAGAUAUACCCCAGCAAUGUGGGGAACUACCACAUGGCAUUCUUGGUGAAUGAAGAAGAAAGUGAACAAAAAGGUUCUGAAGAGGAAGAGAAUCCUGAAUUUAUCACUUUUCUUUAUCAAAUAACUAGAGGCGUUGCUGCAAGGAGUUAUGGACUCAAUGUUGCGAAGCUGGCAGAUGUACCUGAAGAAAUCUUAAAGACGGCAGCUCGCAAAUCAAAAGAGCUAGAAGGAUUAGUGAAUAUAAAAAGGAAGAGGCUAAAGUAUUUUGCUGAAAUAUGGAACAUAAAUGAUUCCCAGGAACUGCAAAAAUGGAAAAAGAUAUGUGAAACUGAAGAUGAUCGACUAUUUUUAAUAUCUCAUAUCCUGCUUAAUUGAAGACUUUAAGAAAUAAUAAAACAUGGGACAUUCACAGCAUACUAGAUAGAGUACUAUAUUUAACAAAUGUGGAAUUUCUGAUAUAUUUAGUAGACUUGCCUGUUGGAGUUCAACUUUUCAGAACAAGAAACUAGACAUUAUAAUGCAUACUCCGAUAUUAAGUUUCUAAAGGCAAGCUAAUUUUAUGGACUCUCCCCUCCAUUUUUUUUAAAUGCAAAGCGAGCUAUUUGCAUUUGAUGACAUUUAGAAUAUGAUUAAAGGAAUGAAAGAUUAUGUUUGUAAACAGUUAUAAAAUAUUAAAAAUAAAAUAAUGGCUUAAGUUUAUUGUGUUUUGUUUUCUGAAGAAAUACUGCUUUGUGAGUUUUAUUAGGGAACGGCUGUUCAUUGACUAUAUUUGUGAUGUGUUAAGUAGCAUCUUUGUUUGAAUAGUGUAUAAGGAUAUUGUCAACUUGAUUUUAUUUUUAAGUUAAGUUAAAAAUCAUGAUUCUGAUAGAUUACCUUUUAGACUGCAUGUAUCCAAUCAUUAGGACUUCUCUUUUGAAAACAUGCAGGGCAGAAAACUUUCACUGGUGAAGUUAAUAAGAGGGUUAUCAGCAGGCGUGAGAAUAACAGCACCCCACAGCAUCAGGCAUUCUGUGCAGUCUAAAAAGUAUUUUCUGGACUUUCCCAGAUCAGCAACUGAUAGUGAAGUUCAUAUGUGAGACAACAAAUAAAUGUGAAACUGGCAAUCUAUAAACAGAAUAAAAAUGGGAAAAAUCAGGAGGUUUCUCUUGCUAUCUUCUUGCCAUUUUUGUGAUCACAAUUGUUAUUAGUACAAGUACAACAUUUUUUAGAUGGUAAGGUGAUUUUGGAGUUGGUAUCCCUUUAAAAAUAACUGUAGCUACAGUUAUGGAAAUAAAGCACGUAAAGAGAUAAUGUUUAUACAUUUAAGCCUCAGUGAAAAUACUGUUUAACAUAUUUGUAAAACCAUUUUAUUGGCAUAAACAUCUCAUGUUGUUUCAGACAUUAUAGUAAAAGAACAAAAUGCAUUUUUUUCCUUUUUCUGAGGAAACUACUAAUGAGAACCUAUUUGAUUUUAUUAACAAAAAUAAACUAAACUUGCAAACUAAUACUUGUUAACUGGAUGUCAGUAUUGAAAUUAUAUCUUGUUGCCACUGACUUUCAUGGUUUUUCCAAUGUAAAGAAUGACUGUGCUGUCAGG